UUUUUUUUUUUUUGCUGUGGUCGGCAAACAGCUUUCUCUUUGAGUGUUCGACUGUCUUAACAAGCUGCCCGAAGUUGGUCCCGCCGCGUUUGCUGUUUAAAGGCAGCCAGCUAACCACGCUAAAAGCAUUAGCUCCGACCAGCGCCUCCGACGCCGCCGCCGCCGCCGCCGCCGCGUGCGUGUGAGAGCAAGACGGACGUCUGCAAGGGCAGACGAAACCCCUCCACAUUUUGGAAGGCUUACAAAACACAAGCGUCUCGUCACUUAGAAACGCUCCCGUGCAAUACGCUGUGGACACGUACGAAGGCGGCGGCCGCCAAAGAUGUUGAUAAACGCCAACUUGGGUCUUAAUGGGGGGUUGGGGGAAGUUGAUUUAAACUGUUAAGGGAUGAAAACUCACAUUGCAUAAGAGCAACGUGCAAAAGUCCAUCCAGACGAUGACUGAAAUGAGAUGACUCUUCCUUACGGCAGGAUUAACAUCUUGGAAUAAACGAAGGAAAGCUUUCAAGUCUCAGCCAGUGUUUAAGGGCAUGCUAAAUCCUCAGUAAUGGAGCCCACUGUCGUGAGUACAUCCACCCUGGCCCCUGAUGAGUUCGACAGGAAUGUGCCUCGAAUCUGCGGCGUGUGCGGUGACAAAGCCACUGGCUUUCACUUCAACGCCAUGACCUGUGAGGGCUGCAAGGGUUUUUUCAGGCGCAGUAUGAAGCGUAAGGCCUCCUUCACGUGUCCCUUUAACGGCAGUUGCACCAUCACCAAGGACAACAGGCGUCACUGCCAGGCAUGCCGGCUCAAACGCUGUGUGGACAUUGGCAUGAUGAAAGAGUUCAUCCUGACAGAUGAGGAAGUGCAGAGGAAGAAGGACCUCAUUCAACGGAGAAAAGACGAGGAGGCCCAGCGUGAAGCCGAGAGGGAGGCACGGCGACCUCGGCUCACCGAGGAACAGAGUCAAGUCAUUGCUACACUGGUGGAGGCGCACCACAAAACAUUCGACGACUCCUACUCGGACUUCUGCCGCUUCAGGCCUCCGGUACGUGAGGGGCCAGUUACACGGAGUGCCAGCAGAGCUGCUUCCCUCCACUCUCUGUCGGACGCCUCCUCCGAUUCCUUCAGUCACUCUCCGGAAUCAGUGGACACCAAAAUUAACUUAAACAACUUGAUGAUGAUGUACCAGGACCAGGGCAGCAGCCCUGACUCCAGUGAAGAGGAAGCCUCCAGCUUCUCCAUGCUGCCCCACCUGGCCGACCUGGUUUCCUACAGCAUUCAGAAGGUCAUCGGGUUUGCCAAGAUGAUCCCAGGCUUUAGAGAGCUGACAGCAGAAGAUCAGAUUGCCUUGCUGAAAUCAAGUGCCAUUGAGGUGAUCAUGCUACGCUCAAAUCAGAGCUUCAACCUGGAAGACAUGUCCUGGAGCUGCGGUGCGCCUGACUUUAAAUAUCAGAUCAGUGAUGUCACCAAAGCCGGCCACACGCUGGAGCUGCUGGAGCCGUUGGUUAAGUUCCAGGUAGGCCUCAAGAAGCUCAGCUUGCACGAGGAGGAACAUGUACUGCUGAUGGCCAUCUGCUUGCUUUCUCCAGACCGGCCAGGUGUGCAGGACCACGCACGGAUCGAAGCCCUUCAAGACCGCCUGUCAGAAACCCUGCAGGCCUACAUCCAGCUCAACCACCCCGGAGGAAGCCUGUUGUACGCCAAGAUGAUCCAGAAACUGGCCGACCUGCGCAGCCUCAACGAGGAGCACUCCAAACAGUACCGCUCGCUCUCCUUCCAGCCUGAGCACAGCAUGCAGCUCACCCCGCUGGUGCUGGAGGUGUUUGGCAGCGAGGUCUCCUAAGGGCAGGCGAGUCUUACGUGCGUAUAAAGGAGGAAGGGAGUUGUUGAGGACGUCCGUGUCGUUGGACGUCAAAUGUCUACAUGGAGAGCAAGCAGGUGUUUAAACGACAGUAAACAAGGGAACGACAUUCAGUAUAACUUAAGCUAAGCAUACUUCUGCCUCUUUACAGUGUUAUUUGUCUAUUUAAAUCAACGCUGCUUCAUAUGCCUGGACAUUUUGUGUACGUAAACAGUACACACCAACAAACACAGUUAUUCAUUUAGCCAUUCCGUUGAGCUACCUCUUUUUUUACCGGGGUUGUUUUAUAUUUCUAUCACCUCUGUGGAUGCUUUAGAUACAGUAUGGUCAAUGUUUUAUUUGAUAAAAUCAGUGCCUCUGCAUUACUUCAUAAAUUAUUUUAAUGGUCAUCUGCUUCUCUCCAAGGCAGUACAGUAUAUGGUUAUUUAUACCAACCGUUCAUCUCUCACCAAAGGUGUUGGUCCUCCGCCGUCUCAGAAAACCAUCUUGCUGCUCUUUGGCAUACAGCCGCGCGACAUGCUAAAAGUUUUUUGUGUUUUUUUUCUGACUAGCCUCACAGCCCAUGAAGGAAAACGGUCAGUAUUUAGGCUUAGAUUGCAGGGUGUAGUUUGUAAUUUAGCAGAUUGGAUUUUGAUUUUCCUGGUUUUUGGAAGUGAGAAUCAGCCACUAAAUGUGUUCGCUACUAUUUUUUUUUUUUUUAACUGCAAACUGUCAAUCAAACCGAGCCAAGAUUAUGGCUUGUUGCUUUUUAGUCUAAAGCUUCCCAUGAUUUAGUUUAUUUCAUGUAAAUAGCUAAUUGCUACCAUGUGUAUCCUAAGCACUGUUGUAUCACCAUUUACUCAAGCCUAUAUACUAUAUAUCACAGAUUUUAAAGGGCUAAAUGCCAAAUCUAACUGGAAUAGUGAAUUAAGGCUCAAGUAAGAGACCUGACUUUUAAUAUAUAGCUUCAUAACUUACUUGGAAAUGGCAUUGGAAUGGAUGUAAUUCUUCCAGAUUUUUAUUUUUGAUGUAACUUCAUCUUUCUAAAACAGUUCCACUUGUUCCUCGAGCUCAGUGGACCUUGAGCUUUGCAACCCACUUCACACAUCCCCACAUAUCUCACCCUUUGGUUUCAGACUGGGAAGGGAAUUUUCUAGAACAUCUGGGGGGCUGAGGUUGGAGGGCACCUCCUUCCUUGGCCCCUCCAGAUGGCUCAUGCAUGAUGUGCAGCCCCCUAGUGGAUGUAUUGUCAAAAGACAGUUAUACAGUAUGUGAUAUGUAAACUUUUAGGUGACCAGAUAUGCAAUAAGUACAGUCUAGCUCGUACUUAUUGGACAUAAGUGGAAUUACAUGUCUCACUAUUAAUUAGUCAUAACAAUUUUGAUCAAAGUUUUGAAGUUGGAUCUAUGAAAUAUAUAUCCAUAUUAACAAUAUUAAGACAGCUGGUUAGAUCUAGCAAGGCCCCAGUGAUGCAAGGGUGGAAAAAAAGAAAAAUUCUGGGAAAUUGACUAAUUGUAAGCGGUAAAUAAGAAAAGAGGUUGUCAUACUGAGAUGUUAAUGUAAGGCUCAUAGAGAAAAAAAAGAAUUUAUUACAAAUUAAUUAAAAAAAACAUUGUCUUCUUGAAGUUGCACGCUAGAGUGAAAAAAAAAAGGUGGAAUAUUACAAGAAUUAAGCCCUAAUGUUGUAAGGAAAAGCCUCAUUAGCUACAAUUAAAUUGUAAUACGAUUCUCCCUUUCCCCCACAUUAAAGUUAUAAUUUUACAAAAAAAAUAUUUUGAAUAAUUAAUAUUCUAACUUACUCUUUAUUCCAUUUAGGAUAUAUAAUGUAAAGAAAAAUGACUUUGUAUCAGUGUAAGGCAAAUGUGGUGAAGAGUAAGAGAUGUACAUAUAAAUACAGGAGAAUUCUAAAGAAUAUUUAAACAGACGUUUAAAAGAACUACACGAUAUUGAAUAUUGGCUCUGAUUAUUGUUUUAAUCAGCUGAUUAACUCUUGCUUGUCGUUAGUUUUGGAAUGACUGACUUUGAUUAUAUUAAACUAGGAUAAUUUGGCGUUCAACACUGCUAAGGAGUUAGUAUUUGGUCAGUUGAUGUACAGUCCCCUCCAAAAGUAUUGGAACGGCAAGGUCACUUCCUUUGUUUUUUUGAAUACUUAAGACAUUUGUGUUUCAGAUCAAAAAAUGAAUGUGACACAAAAGUUCAGAAUUCCUGCUUUUAUUUCAUGGUAUUUACAUCUAGAUAUGUUAAAUAACUUGGGACAAAGCACCUUUUAUUUAAAGCCACCUACUUUUCAAGUGACCAAAAAGAUUGGAACAUUUGACUGAUUGCUUUUUGUAGUUUUUCGGGUUUUGUCUUUUAGAUUGUUUAAACAUAAGAUAGUGUUUGUUUUUGGCUUUGGGUUUCACUUGUGAAAAGUGCAUUUGCUAUAACCAAACAUGAAGACCAGAGAGCAGUCUAUGGGAGAAAGACAAACCAUUUUUAGGCUGUGCAAAGAGGGAAAAUCAGUCACAGUGAUUGCACAACCCUUGGGCGUAGCCAAUAUAACAAUUUGGAAUUUCCAGAAAACGAAAGAACCUUCUGGUGUACUGAAAGCCAAAGGUAUCAACUGCAGUUCAUGACAGAAAUGUUGAGAGCUCUGAAGUCAGUCACAUCACUGCCAACGUCCAUGGGCCAGGGGUGAAGGUUUCACAAUCCACUCUUCAGAGUCGAGUUGGGAAGAAGAAAUAUAGAGGGCAUAACACAAGAUGCAAACCACUCAUCAGCAAAAACAAUCACACAUUGGAUUUUACAAAGUACAGAGAUGACGAAACACAGCACAAAUGGUUUUGGACUGUUUAGACCAAGAUGAACCUCUACCAAACUGUUGGAAAGGCCUUACUAAGUGUGCCGAAAGAAAGCUUAUCAGUGAAGCACGGUGGUGGUGAUGUCAUGGCUUGGGCUUGCAUGGUUGCUUCUGGAAUGGCCUCACCAGUCUUUAUUUAUGAUUUAGAUAAUAAUGGGAGGAGCAGAAGUCGACAAAAACAUUUUGUCUGGCAAUUUACAGAAAAAUGCAUACGAACGAAUCAGGAGAAGCUUCAUCACGCAGCAAGACAAUGACUCAAAACAGUCUGCCAACACAACAAAGACUUCAUCUGGGAGAAAAAGUGGACGGUCUUAGACUGGCCAUGUUAACCCCCGGACCAUAACCCAAUAGAGCAUGCAUUUUACCUCUUGAUGAGGAGACUGAUGUGAGGAACCUGCAGAAACAAACGAGAACUAAAAGAGGUUGUAGUAAAGACCUGGAAAAGCAUUUUAAAUGGAGAACACGACAAUUUAGGGAAUUCACUGGGUCGCAGGCUUGAUUCAAUCAUUGCAAGUAAGGGUCACGUAACCAAAUAUUAAAUGUUAUUCACAUUACGAUGGUUUAAUAAUGUCUGGUGCAAUAUUUUUGUUCACUUAAUAAGUUUGUGGCUUCGAUCAAAAGGUGCUAAGUCCUGAGUUUUCAAUGUAAAUACCAUGAAAUAAAAGAUGUAAAUCUGAACUUUGGUGUCAUAUUGAUCUUUUGAUGUGAAACCCAAGUGUCUUCAGUCUACAACGAAAACAAAGGAAUUGAUCUUGCCGUUCCAAUGCUUUAGGAGGAGACCGACUUCCACUUGUUAAACCUGCUGUGGCCUGCUGUCGUCAGCGGACUGCUUUCUUGAGAAGCCCAGCACGAAAGCUGUGAUGGCUCACGGACCCCUUAAAGAUUCAGUACUUAUGAGGCCAGUGUUUUAUUUGAUUGCUCUGAAUGAUGACUUCUGGUUUGUUGGGCGACAUGCUUUUGUUUAACCAUUUAGUGACAGUUGCUGAUGUUCCGUUCCGAAUGUGAACGUGCACUUCCUGUCGAGAACCUAUAAAAAUGAGUGAUGUAUAAUUGUAAGAAGGUGUACAUUAGAUGAUCGGAUGUAUUUAAAGAUUUAAGCAUGUCGCAUGCACGUCUCAAAUAUCGGUCGACCGACUUUCUUUGGUUGAUCGGUCAAAUGAGCGCAUUAAGUCCCUUUCCUGUCAAGUGUUGGCUAUUUUCACGGGAGCCCCCCUCGGCUGCAUUUUACCGGAGCAUUAUUUCUUCACAAACAAUAUUUAACAUCUGCAAAAGUGGUUUCUGUGAUUGGCUAUGCAGGCUUCCUGUGCCAGAUCUUAUUAUGCUUCCAGUGAUAUCAUCUCAGGGCGACUCUUGGAUUCAUCGUGUUGCUCCUCGCUUCCUCGUGCGAGAGCAUCGUCGCUUUAAGCUGUGCAGCCUAAACUUACUCACCAGCAGGACCGUUCUCCGUCACUGUGGAUUUAGUCUAACUUGUGCCAAUCUGAGCAGAUGGGGAACAUGAUACUUGAUGUUUCCCCGUUGAUGUAUCUAUGGUUCGGUUUUUCCUUCUAGAGUUUCAUUGAUAAUUAUCCAGUACAGUAUGCAAACAUACAAGGCAUGUCCUUGUCCACAAACGUGACGACUGAGCGAGCGUCUUUAGGCAGUACCACUCGUGUGUGUCAUGUGUCAGGACAGGUAACUGGUGUAUUGCCGGUUUUCUAAACAUGUACUUCUCUGCGUAGCUUCUUGUUCUGGUGGUGUUCUGUUUUAAUUUCAGAUAGAUACAAAUGCAGUGUUGAUCUGUACAGAGGGAUAUUAGGGCAACACCGAAAAGCAAAAAAAAAAAAAAAAGUACUGUGAGAAUAAAGUUGUUUUUGAGGAAAAAGUGAUAAUUUUAUGUGAACAGUCUUAUCACAAGUAAAAGGUUGUUGCGAAAACAGUUGUAAUUUUAGUUGUUGUGUGUUUUCAACAAUUGUUAAUUCUAUGAGCAAUCGCAGGUGUCCAGAGAAAUGCAAGGCAACGGCUCCUGGUUUCACACUGUUGCGCGCUCUUUGGGACUUGUUACUGUUGAUUUUCUUUUCAUUGUGGCCCUAAUAUUUCUUUGUAGAUUUGUGUAUGUCUAAUCCUAGUAGGGAAUUUUGGGGAAUGUGUAAGUGCCACGGGGAGACUUCCUACCACACAAGAACAUGGUCAGAGUUCUUCAGUGAGGAUUUCUGAGCUGAAGGGGAAAGUUCUUGAUGAUGAAAGUGAUGUAGAAGUUGGCGUUCAUUAUUACGACACAUUGUACAUAUCAUAUCAACGCAAGGUUUUCCCGUUUGUUUGUUUUUACCAUAGAAAGCUGCUCCAAACCUUUUUUUUUUUAAACUUGUGGUUGUUGGAAUACUGGACCUUGUAAAUCCUACUGCAAUGGAGAUCCACCACAGAUGACAUGCGUCCGUCUUCGUUGAGAUUAGCGCUUUACUCAACACUGGCGAUGUCACAUAAUACCUUGUACUAUACACGUCAUGGUACACUAUCACCAGCAAGCUUUACAGUUCAAUUUUUGCUCUUUCAAAAGUUUGUUCGUAUGACUCUGUUGCCAUUACAAAUCCUGUCCAUAAAGCCCGUAUUAUAGCUGUCCCCCUCCCCGCCCAAAUGUUCUUGACUUUUCGUUCCCGCCUUUACGACAGGGAUUGUAAUGGAUUCAACUUAAUGUAGUUCUUAAGACGAGGAGCGUCCACAAUGGAUGUACACCAUAGUCAACCUAACAAAAAAAACAACAAAAAAACUACCUCUUUUAGCUCAAUUUUUUUUUUUUUUUUUUUUUUGCUUUAGCAUUUGCUUUGGUUCUUACUUUUGUAAUAUUUGUAUUCAUGUUGGUAUUUAUUGCUGUCUAAUGAGUCAUACUUCAAUGAUUACCUCAGUGAUAUCUCAGAUUUUGGGAGAGUCCAGCUAAUGAAGUUGUAGUUUUAUUUUGUUUGUUUGUCAUUGUAGAGUUUUCUUCUCAUACUAAGCAUUGCCUUUAUUUUUCUCAACGCACAAAAUACCAGGAGUG